AAACGUAUGAUAGCGCCUCAAACACAAGGUCCAGAGACAGCGUGGCUUCGAAGAGCGUACAUUCGAAACUUCUUGCGAGCGAAGACGGCAUCGAGGAGAAGAUGGCUUCAAGUGCUCCGCGCAGACUCUGUACGAAGGCCCUCCCAAGUGCAGCUGCUGCAAAAACUGGGUGGAGGAGUACUUCAACGACCUACGGGACACCAUCGAGCGGCAGGCCGACGUUGAAAGCAAGGCGCUCGUCGUCCGUAUGGCCAAAAACCACUCGCCCGGGAAACCCCUGGUACUUCACUCGCUGGCCAUCCAAAGCCAAUCGCCCAAAAAAAAAACUCGGCGAAGUUUUUGAAGGGCUCCUGGAAUACUACCGCGGCAUUCUAAUCAUGGCCACCAACCGCGCCGACGUCAUCGACCGGGCCAUGCACAGCCGGAUCGAUUUAACGCUCCACUAUCCGGACCUGGAGCCGGCCACCAAGGAGCAGACAUGGAGGCAGUUCGCGGGCCGGUGCGUGGGACACAGACAAGGAUUUCUGGCGCCUGUCUCGCCUCCCGAUGAAUGGGCGGCAAAUCAAAAACGUGGUCAAGGUUGCUGCUCUGCUCGCCUCCCGGGAGGAGGAGAAUGCCGGACUGAGUGCCGACCACAUCAGGACCGUGCUCGUGGCGACGAGAGAGGAGGGCGAUGACUUCGACUUCCGAAGCUCACGCUUCAAGGGGCGGUCUUGGAAGGCGUUUUGGAAAUUCCGGUGAGGCAACGUCGUGGACUGGAAAGGCUUUCAACAGCCACGCGCGGCUGGCGGUUGCUGGGCGGGGUGUUGCGGCGAGUCGGGUUUCCCUUAGUUUACUCUUCGACCUCGGUUUGCUGUGCGUUUUAACAUAUGUUCGCCUUGUUCUGUGCGCUUCGGCCUCCAUGCGCGUUUAUCCGUUCUGCUUCCGUCGUUCCUUGAUUCAUAUUCGCCCUUUCCCGGCAAUCUCCAC